AUGGCGGAGUUCACACCCAAAAGCCCGCUAAACAAAGCGACAACUGCCGGCUUACAGGCUGCUGCAGUCGGGACACUCGUUAGCGCUUUGCAAAAUGCGCUUGGAAACCAUUCAUAUGGUGCAGCGGGUGUGUUGACACGGACAGGCGGUACAAUUGGUUUCUUUGCCGCUAUGGGUGCUACUUUUGCAUACACAGGCGCUGCUGUUGCCAACCAACGGCAGACGGACGACUCGUUGAACACCGCGGCUGGAGCCUGUGCUGCUGCAUUUCUCGCCGGCCUACGAGCGCGUUCUUUUCCUGUCGCAUUAGGUGGAUGCGCGUUCAUGGGUGCAGUCAUGGGAACAUAUGACUAUGCUGGCAAAUUGGCAUCAACGGAAGGAGGCCCAAUAGAUCCUGAAAAGCGGCGGAAAUUCUUCAAGAACCCAGACUUGGUUGUAGAUUUACCCUCAAAGUAA